GUAUCCGAAAUACUACCAUUCAAAACAAAACCAUUGAUUGGAUUCAUUUGAAAAGAGCAUAAGAUCUGAGAAAGAAAGAAAGAAAGAAAGAAAAAACACUCAAAAGUUCAUAACUAUUUAUAAACAGUUAAAAAUGAAGUCGAUCGUCGUGAUCCUCCUUACGUACCUUCUCCUUGUUGCGCCUUGCUUCGCUAUCGGUAGUACCUUCAAAUAUACUGAGAACACGAAUUCGGAUGUGUACGAGAUCGAUUACAGGGGUCCGGAGACACAUAACUCUAGACCUCCACCAGAGACUUUACAUGGCAAGCGACCGUUCAUCCACCAUAAAACCUCCGCCGCUGGAUCCGCCGGCGCUCAUGUUGGAGGACAGAACUAGAGAGAGAUUUUUCUAAAGAAGAGGACAGGGACUCGGAAGCUGUAAGUGAAAGUGGAAGUAUAUGAGUGUGCGAUAAGGUUAAUGAUGCGGGUACAUAAUUAUUUAUACAAUACAUAUGAUCAUCAAUGUUAUCAUGUCCGGUAUUUUAUUCAUGUACCGUUCUAUAUAUCUUUAUUUUUAUUUUUAUAUUUUUGGGUCUGAAUCUCUUGGAAGAAAGUUCAAAAUUAAUUCCGGGUAAUGUGUCGCCAUAUGAAUAUCAGUGUCAUUCUCAGAUCUUUGAAUCAUUGUCUGUUCGGUUGGGGCUUAUCUUGGGCUAAAAAUUAUGGAUAAAUAUGAGAAAACGAUAUGUAAUAUAUAUAAAUAUUUUAGUUUUUAUAUAUAUUAAAUGUCUUACAUGCCAGAUUACAAAUAAUAAUCUUACAAUAGACGUCAUCAAAAUAUGUAUUACAAUACAUUAUAUUUAUGUAUAUAUCUUGAUCAAAUGGCAUGGUUCCUCCAAGCAUUCAUUCAUUGGUGCAGGAUGUACAGAAAACACUUUUAAUUGACGACGUCUUUAAUUAAUUUGUUGUCUCUCUAUUAUUUCAUUACAGUUGUAAAUAAUAUGAAAGUUAAAAUCCACAGCAUUGUUUGUAAAAGAGUAGUAUAUGAUAAUUAACAUUAGAAUUCAAUACAUGUGAUCAUAUCGAGUAAUAUAAGACAUUGGAUCCGUGGGAUCCACUUUAUCAGAAGUGAGCCCACUGCGCUUAAUCACGACCUCAAUCAUUUCGUUUAAAAAAUUGGAUCAUGUGUACUAUCAGAUGGUCAUAACCACUUUAUCAAAGGUUUUCAGCCUUUUAAAAAAAAAAAAGUUUUACAGGGCCGGGCCUGGGUACGGUGGUACAUUGGGGAUCCCUUCCGUUACUGAAUUGUAUCGGAAGAAGAAUUUGAUUGGGCUUCCGAAACAUUCUUCGUUUAGGCUUGAAAAGUUUGUGGCCCACUUGGUCUGACUCAUCUCACCCGACGGGUAUAAUUAAGAAUACACUCUUAAUUUACUUUUCUAAGUCUCAAAACCAUGUCGGGAAAAAGCGUUGUGGUCUUCUGGUGCUUGAAGGAUUGCCCAAUCCCUGAAAGUCUGAAUCCUGGGUUGGUUUGUGCGAAUAUAAAAAAAUCUCUUGAGAAAAAGGGUUAUGAUGGAUUGUUGUCAAUCAAGGCUUAUUAUGACAAGGAAACGUUCAGUGAUGAAUUGUUUGCUAAGAAGUAUCGGGAUGCCGGAAUCGACCUCAUUCCGGUUCCUGCAGGUGGUAAAACUGCGAGAGAUUAUAAGAUGAUGUGGGAUAUCAUUUUGUGUGGAGUGGACAAUGUUAAAGGAAUCGAUUUCUUGGUAAUCCUAAAGCCCGUAGAACCUGAGUUUUUGCUUACUCUUUCCUAUUUGGAACCUAGAGGCUACAAUGUUAUCUUAGCAUCUCCUGAUAAGGAGGUCGCCUCAGAGUUCAUACUUAGAUCUGUAAGCUCGGUUUGGCUUUCGACAAGCCUAUUGGAACAGGGAGACCUUGACGAACUAUCCAACAUCCGCAUUACCAACUUUGAUGACUUCAAUUCACCACAAGAGUUGGAGGCUUUGGGGACGGUGAGACUCAAGAUUGAGCUUCAGUCACGUCGAAUGAAAUGUGGAGGGACUUUGCAAGCUCGAGCAGCAAGGCUCUUCUUACUUAAAUCAACACCACUCGAUAAGCUCCCAAAGAAAUUCAAAUGCUAGUUUAUAAAUGUUUUUUUUUUAUCAAAACACUUGUUGAGCUUUGGCUUUUCAAACUCUUGUAACUUAAGGUGUUUAUCAUCCUCUGUGACUUUUCUUCAGCUUCUUGCAACUAAACAUCCUUUGUUAACAAACAUAUAUUUGUCGCCUAAAUAUUUUAUAAUUCAGCUAA